AUGGCAUCACCGACCGGAAAUGGAAGUUUGAUGUCAAAUGACAUGCUGCGCGCAGCAGAAUAUAAAGCUUUUUAUCUUCAAGCUAGAUUUGUGACUGGUGUGGUGAUGUACCCUAUUAUCUGUAUAAUUGGAUUAUUAGGGAACUCACUUAGCAUAAUCGUCAUGUCUCAGAAACAAAUGACGUCAUCAACUAAUGUGUACUUAAUGUCAUUAGCGAUCUCCGACUGUGUAAAACUCCUAAGUGAUUUUAUGUAUUUCAUGGUAAUUUUACUUCUGGAAGUAGAUCCACCAACCGGAAAUAAAGCCUACGGCUUCCUCUAUCCUUACGCUCAUUACAUUUUUAAUGCAUCGCUAUGCAUUUCCGCUUGGUUAACAGUUUCUGUUGCUGUAGAACGAUACAUUUACGUAUGUCACCCUACCAGAGUGAAAAGUUAUUGUACCAUAAGGCAUGCUCGCUCAGUAUCUCUAGCAGUGUUUAUAUGUAUGAGUAUACUUGCCAUUCCAUAUGCAAUGAGGUAUAAAACAAUAGAAAAUGCAAACAAUUCAACAACUUCACAAUAUGACAUUACUGUUACAGACUUGUGGAGUAACGAAUCUUUUUCCAAAAUAUAUACAUGGAUUCAAAACUUUCUACGAUCCAUAAUUCCACUUUGUUUGCUCAUAAUACUCAAUACGUGCAUUAUUUACGGACUUCGAAGAUGUCGAAUAGGUCGAUCUAAAACUUCUAGACGUCAUAGAAUUACAUUUAUGUUAAUAAUAGUAAUAGUAGUGUUUUUAAUUUGUAUUACGCCGGACGCCAUAAUGUCCACGUUUUUAGGCUUAGGUUAUUAUGAAGAAGAAUUUUUACAGCGAGGAAUACGUGAAAUAACUGAUUUAUUACUCUUAGUGAAUUCAGCGUCAAAUUUUGUUAUUUACUGUAUAUUUAAUACGAUAUUUUGGAGGAAUUUUGUAAAUUUAUUUUGUAAGCCUUGUUAUAGAAUCAAUAUCCAUUUUGAAGAGUCGCAAAUCCGAAGACUGUCUUUAGUGGGAAGACCUAAUAAACAAUCGCUACAAAUGAAAGUGGGCUUAAAUAAAACUAUAUGUGGUAAUGGACUUCUCUCAGAGGUUUGA